UUAGCCUAAUGGAAUGAAUGAUUGUGGAUAGACAAUAUGCAGCUGUGGCACGUCCGUGACUCAUCGUCAUGGGUGGAAAGUGACAUUCCUCACAGGAGAGAACGCCAUGAUUGCAAACGCUGUGCCUGUUUCAACCUCACCUGCCUGAGCCGGAGCGCUGCUUAUUGUAGGAAAACCUGGUGGAUUCUCUAACUGGAUUACUUCAGAAGUAUUGACAAAGUUUGGAGGUGUGGUGUUGGAGGAUUUGGCAGCCGAGGAGAAUGAAUCUGCGCCUGCAGGAUUGAAUUGACUUGGAGGAGAGAUGCAGAGCACGACCCAAGGCUCCUUUGAUGCUAAUACCCAUUUUCAGAAUGAACCUCAUCAGUUUCCUCAUCCUCCAGCAUCGUCCUUCGGCUCCAGCGUGACUGUGGCCAGCCCAGCCAAGAGAAUUACCUUCUAUAAGAGUGGCAACGCUCAGUUCAAAGGCAUCAAGAUGGCCAUCCAUAAGCGCAGUUUCAGAUGCUUUGAUGCCUUAUUGGAUGACCUUUCCCAAAAGGUUCCUCUACCUUUUGGUGUGCGUACCAUCACGACACCCAGGGGGACCCACAGCAUUAAACAUUUAGAGCAGUUAGAGGACGGAGGCUGUUACCUGUGCUCUGACCACCGCUACGUGAAGCCAAUCAACAUGGAAGCUGCAGGGAAGAGGCCGGCGGUCUGGCACCAUCACAGUCACCCGCAUAACACUCGCCGCAAGCCCUCCCGACCAGAGGAGCCCCCCUCGGGACAUCAGCACCACCAUCGGCACCCCAAAAGGAUAGUUCUUGUCAAAAACAACGACCUUACUGUUAGGCGAUCCAUCAUUCUGAGCAGACGAACUGCUCGGAGUCUUCGCGUUUUCAUGGACGAGAUUUCAGAACUCAUGCAAUGUCAUGUCAAGAAUCUCUACACUCUGGAGGGACGUAAGAUUGACAAUAUUCAGAGUCUGAUGCAGUGUCCUAGUGUGCUGGUCUGUGUGGGUCGAGAGCCCUUCAGGCCGCUGCUCAUUGAAAGUUUGAAGAAGCUCUCAGACGAAAAGCUUCCAGGAAUGGGCACAAGGUCUCACUCCAGUGUCUGCAGUGAAGGCCAUGAAAGCAAAAAGAAUGUUAACUUUGGCCUGGAGACAAAGAAAAGCAUUAUCCAUCCACGAUCAGACUCCAGUAAUAGAUCUACAAGAUUCUCUCUUUCUUCAGAAAAGUCCUAUCAAAAUGGAUUAUGCAUGACACCAGGACAGUCCGGUUGUGUCAGCAACUGUCCUUAUGUUAAAGAAUUUGUAGUGAACGAUGACAUUGAGAAGAGAGUGCUUGUUAACAAAGAUGGCAGCCUUUCAGUGGAGAUGAAGGUUCGCUUUCGGCUCUUCAACGAUGAGACUCUUCAGUGGUCCACCGAGAUCAAGAAGUCAUCAGCAAAUGUGAACGACUCUGGUUCUGUAAAAGAUGCAGAUUAUCUUCAAGGUAAAGCUGAGUAUUCAGACCCAGACUCCAUAUCUGCAUCUGAGACUGAUGAAGCCUUUGCAACAAAGCUGCAUCAGAAGCAUAUCGAGGAAACACUUUGUCAGAACUGUUGCAAUCACUGCCAAGAGUACGACAUCUGGAAAAACCCCAUGCACAAAGAACCAGGGGCCUGCAAAUCACCCAGUUCCAGUGCAUCGUCUCACAAAGUUGUACAUAAAAAGUCAUCGGUGGAUAGUACGCACACAAUUUCUCUUUCCAGUGGCGAGUACACUGAGCAUGUGGUGGAAAAGGCCUCGUGCUUUCAGCAGACAAUGGAUGAAGGAGACACUAGAGUAGAAUACUGUGCAAUAAGUCGUUGCUGUAAUCGAAGUGAAGUAUCAUCUGUUGGUGUCAUGUCAAAGAGCAAGAGAUCUUGUGAGGACGACCGUGAGAGUCACGCUAAAACUAAAUGUUUUCAUAUGGAACCUAAAAUCUCUCCUACUCCACAUUGUAAGGUCAUGGAAGAGCGUCCGGUUUCUGCAGUCAGCAACUCGUCCAAAGUGAUUGAGUCUUUGAAGGAAGAUCAGGAUGAUGAUUAUGAUGACCUGCCUCCAAGUGUCUCAAGAGCAUCACACUGGUCUCAAAGUGACCAUCUUGAGAGUGAUGCUCAACCCAAAUGUGUUCAUUGUUGUGGCUACCAGUCUUCACCAAGAUCUUAUUUGUCCCCCAGACCUCCAAGUAAAGAAUCAAGCAGUGCUGUUCAGUCACUUAAGCUCAAAAAGUAUAAAACCCCUUUUGCAGCGCCAGCAGAGCCAGAUGGGAUGAGUAUGACAUCUCUGAUUUCAAAAGCAUCCUCCAGAUCCCAUCUAUGUCACUGUGGAGCCAUAACCCCGAGUUCAGUUGCAUCUGGUAGGCAGCAUGGGCUUGAGGGAGAGGCUUGUAGUGCAAAUUCCAGACAUAGCCAAGCGUCUUGUAAAUCUAGAGUCCAAGCAAACAGCCCUGGAUCCAAUGCAUCAGAUGCUCUGGAGAUAUGUGACGAUGACGCUGCAAACAGAUCUUUAAGUGCCACAUCAGGUGUGUCGAAACGAUCGGUUGAGUCUGGUGUAUGUUCAUGCUGUGGUGAGCAUAAAAUAUUGAAUGGGAAUCCAGAGGGGAGUGAACCAGAGGAAGCUGAUUACAUUUUGUCGAAGCCAAACAAAUCUGCUGCAUCCACUUCAAAUGCUCAUGAAAACUGUGAACCAGUUAAUGAUAUUUCGGAAAGGGAAGCCACACGGGAAUGCUCUGAGUCUGCACUGUCUAAAAAUUCAAAUGCCUCUUCUACUUCUAAAAUCUCAAAAAAGUCUAACUGCUCUACACAUGAAAUGUAUUCUGUUGGGAAAUCAUCAAAAUCUGAACAUAAUGAAGCAGAAAGUGUUGGAGAAAGAACCAAAAGUGCCACGCCAGCAGUCGGGUCAGACUGCAUUGUUUCAGAGAGAGAGCCCACACCAGCCUUGGUUCUGAAAGAAAUGGAUAAAGCUGAAGAAAAAAGCCAAGAAAGAGCUGCCAGCCCAAUGUCAGCCCAUGCAGAUUUAUCAGGUGCUUCAAGGAAAUCCCACACACCAAAGUCUGCACAUUCAAAGAAAGCUAAAACGCCUAGAUGUUGUAGUCCAAAUGAUUUAGAGGAAGUGCCAUCAAACUUAUUUAGUUCUCAAGUUGAUAUAUCAGAAAGUGCUGCUACUCAGAGUCAUACUACGACAGAUAAUCAUUGUGGACAAGACACAGAGUUUCCUCAAGAAGUGAGGUCAGCUAGUGCCAUGUCUAAUAAAUCAAACCGAUCUUCUGAACAUCCGUCGCAUGCAUCAGAGCAAACAACUAAGUCUGUCAAAUCUUGUUGCGGCUUACAAUACAAAGCCACUCAAAAUAUCAGUGGCCCUGAUAUUCAGUGUGAGCCGGAAACUGAGGUAACCACUGAAGAAAGAUUAUGCAGCCCACUGUCCAACUGCUCCAAAAUAUCUGUAAAGUCACAUGCAUCCUCAAAGUAUUCACACGCAGAGUCUAAAUCUGAGAAAAGAGUUUCCACUGCAAUGUCUGUUCAAACAAACACGUCUAAAGGAUCUUGUAGGUCCCGCAAAUCAAACUACAAUGUUCCAGAAACCACAGUUACCUCAGAGCCAAAUGAUACAACACCUAAUGAAUGUGCAACUCCAAAAAGUGAGUCAAAUAGAGCCAUCAGUGCAAUGUCUCAGACCUCAGAAAAGUCUAAUGCCUGCUCUGAAAGAUCUAUCAAAUCCAAUGGAAAGAGCCUUGCAUCUCAGGAAGUGAAGAAUGGGAAAGACAUGACACAGAAUGCCUUAUCUGUGACCUCUCCAUUGCCUAGAUCAAAGAGGUCUCCAUCUCCUAGAUCAACCCACAACAAUGAAAUUAAGAAAAAUGAGAGCAGAGCACCAAGUGGGAUGUCAGUAAGCUCUAACCUAUCCUUGCAAUCCCAGAGAUCCAGUAAAUGUCAUUGUCACAGCUCCUCAAGUGGUAAUUUGAGAGAGACAAAGAUUGAGAUCCUAAAAGAGGAUGCCAAAGGUGAAUCCGAGAGUUUGUCAGGAAAAUCAAAACUGUCAACUAAAUCUCUUAUAUAUAACAUUAAGUCUUCAGGCAAUCAAUUAGAUGAGCCUCUAAGCCCUACAUCAACAGCAUCUGUUUCUCUUGGACUAGUAGAAGAGCACAAGGGUGAUGACUUUGAUGAACAAUCAACCAGUGACAUGUCACACAGAAGAACACAGGAAGCUGGAUAUACGUUAGAGACUGAAAAUGGAGUGGAUGCAGAGGAAAGGCCAAGGACAGAAAUGUCUAUGAACUCUGCAAUUUCAGACAAAUCCAAAAAGUCCCAUCACAAGAACUGUAAGACUCCUGUUCAAGCCCUCUCGCCUGUCUCAGCUGAAAGCGUCAUGUCAGCAGAACUCAAGAAAAGCAAGUCAGGAAGCCAGUUAAAUGAAAACAAUAUCAGAGUGCCUUCCAGUUCAAGAAGUAAGUCACCCUCGAGAGUUUCACAGGGAAGCACUAAAAAUACAGCUAUGAAAGAGAGAGAUUGUGAAACUGUCAACAUCAUCAACCAUGCAGAAAUAAAUGAAACCUCUUCAAAAAAUGACCGAAGUGAAAGAACCUCUGGAAAAGCUAACCCAGAAAGUGACUGUUUAAACUCUUCAAAAGCCUCUGAACAUUCAGUGAAGUCCAAGAACGGGCACAAUACUAAAGAUAGUGAUAGAUCUAAAUGCAAACGAUCUAAAUGUUCUUCCCAAUGUUUGGAAAUAAAUGGGCUGAAUAUAAAAUAUAACGGAGACAAUGAUGGUGGCACGGUUAAGUCAUCCACAUCAGACAGAACAUCUGUGAAAAAUGAAGCAUCCAGGCCAAAUUCAGCAGGGAUGUCUGAUAUUUCCCAAAAUUGUGUAAGUCUACCACAAGAGAUGCCAAACAAGAAUAUAGCAUCACUCAAGCAUCCUGGUUCCUCAAGCGACAGUGUUUUAUCUCAGGCACUUUCAGCAGCAGAUCUGUUGAAAGAGAUUGUCGGCAAUGCAAGACCAGUCAGCAGAGGAUCAAAGUCAGUUGCCUCCAGCAAAAAUGUCGACAAGGUAGAAAAUAAAAGCCAAAAAAGCAGCAGGAGCAAACACAGCAAAGUCAGCAUCUCAUCAGAGUGCAACAACAAGGAACUGAUGCCGUCGUGCUUAACGAACACGUCCUCUACGGAAGUUGUGAGUGACUGGCUGAGGAACAUUCCCCUUGAUGGCCAUGUUUAUAAAAUGGAUGUCGAACUCACUGAAGAUGUGACCCUGGCUCAAGGUGGUGAGGACACUUCUCAAAGAGACCAAUUUGAGGCAUCAAAAAGAGGCAUAAUAGAGAUUGAGAAACCCCAUGAUGAUCAGGCAGAUGUGAAUCAUAUUCAGCUGGUGACCAACGACAUUUAUGUUGAGACAGAGUUGUGCGACGAAAGAGCACAAUUGAAACCUGACCGCGAAGCAUUAACCAAACAAGACAGUUUGCAAAAGCAGUGUCAUUCUUCGGUUCAGGUCAUGAAGGUUUUACUGGGUCCAAAACUAGACAGAUCCAGUAGUUUACCUGAGGUCUCCCCUGUAUAUGGCAGAAAAUUAAGCCAGUCUGCUCAAGGGCUGUUGGAUUGCUUCGCGAAUUUACGAUUGAUUGACUCCGACUCUAAAAAGGAAAAGCAUCAUAAAUAUAAUGAAAUCAUGUUGAUCCUACAGUCUCUCUGGCUCCAAAAGCCCUCUGAGGAUGAGCAGAAAAACCAGAACGCAAAGGAACAUCCCUCUGCUGAAGAUGAAUUUAACCCACAGUCUUCAUCUGGAGUUGAUGUAAGCAGCGGCUCCACCGGCUCUGUUAAAGGUAGCAUGAAUGGCGUAUUAGAAAAAAUAGAGACCACACAAGGCACAAUACCACCAAUUGCCGAACGAGAGGGCUCACUGCAAAAUAAAGAAGAAGAUGAGGUUAAGUCUACAGCUCAAGCGUGUGAAUGUUUAGAUCCAUCCAAAGUCCCCUCAGAUCCAGUAACUCCAGACCUUGCAGAACGAGUCCAGGGAAGUCCAGUAAAUGCACAACUGAAUGAUGACCAAGAAAAUGGUGUAUUGCAAGAAGAUCAAUCAGAUCAAACGCCACAAACAACCUCUUACAAGAGCUCUGGGAAUGAGAGUAAUACUAUGAAAUCUCAAGAAAAUACAAGCUCGGGAACUCCACCGUCUGUUCAGAGAGCUCCGCUUACUAAAAGAGUUUCACAAGACCCAGAUCCCAUUUGGGUGCUGAGCUUAUUAAACAAGCUAGAAAAGCAGUUCAUGUUACAUUACGCAGAUGCCAUGGCAGAGUUCAAAGUGAGGUGGGAUUUGGAUGACAAUGAGAUGCUCGAUAAGAUGAUAAGUGAGCUGAAAGAGGAAGUGCACAAACGGAUUCAAUCGAGUAUUAACCGUGAACUGCAAAAAAUCCAAAGUCGGGCUGGCAGGGGUCCAAGACCUCCGGGAAAUACUCUAUCGAGAAACUCAACGGUCCAGACUGAGCAGCGACGCAAGCGUCUUCGGGUCAUGCGCAAUAAGUCCAUCUUGUCGAGAAGUGAUGAAAAUUACACUGCAUCAGGUACAGAAUACAGCGACCAGCGCAGUGAUGAUGAAUACUGCCCAUGUGAUGCAUGCAUGAAAAAGAAAAUGGCGUCCAGAGCAGUCCAGCGAGCUCAGGCUUUGAGUUUGGCUCCAGUUAUGAUAGAAUUUGAUCUGCAGAAAAUUUUGCAAAUGAAAAAGGAUCCAGCCCAACCUACAGAACCAAAGAUGGAAGAACAACACACCACCAGCGUGACUUGUGCAGUUAAUAAAGAAGAGAACAACUUAGAAGUGGUUCAUGAAGUGGCAGAGGAAGCGAAUGACAAUACUAGAGGCCAUAAAUUUGAGAUGGCAGAUCAAGAGCCAGACUGUGUUGUCAAUACAGUAGAUGAAGGCAAAAAUGCAGAAAACAUCAAAGAUGUGUCUGUAGACUCCGAGACAAGAGAUCCAAAUGAAGAGGAAGCAAAUUACAAAAUAGAGUGUGGUGAUGUGGAAGGUGGUGAAGAAGAGGUGGAGAAUGAAGAAAUGGUGGUAAAUGUUAAGACAUGUGCUGAGGAGGAAGUUGAGGUUGUUGAAGAAGAGGCUGAAAAUGAAGGAAGUACAGAAGAGGACUGUGAGAAGAAAGACAGUCCUGAGGGAGAUGCGGGAAAUGUAGAAAAUAAUGAUACGGCUGUGGAGGCAGAAAAAGAGGAUGAGAUGACAGAAACUGGUGAAGGAAUUGAAUCGGUUGACAAGGAAGCAGAAACUGAGACUGGGAAAGAGAGUACAGAAGACAAGUCUGCAGAAGAUGGAGGUGAUUCUAAGUCAAAUAAAGUUGAUACACCUACUGAAGGUGAAACUUCAAAUGACGAGUCCACCAGUGAGAAGAAUGCUGGUGGGAACCAGGAUGGAUGUGCAGAGGAUGAUGCCAACAAAGAUGGGACAUCAGACACGGGACGGGACACAGUCAGAUCUGAAGAAAACGGCAAGACGCCAAAGGUAAAUAUCGAGGUGGAGGUCAAAGGAGACACAGAAAAUGAAACAGACAAAUGUAGCUCUGUUGAGGAAGAUUUUGAGAAAGAAAAUGAUGUUGCUGUUGUUGAUGACUGGGAGAGCACACUAGCGAAACAGGUAACGAGAACAUCAGUGGAGUCUCAACCAGGAUCCGUGGAGAACUGCAUAAAUCCAACAGCUAAACUGAAAGAUCUUCAGAGUUUCAUGGAGAGUGUUGAAAGUCAAGGAGAUAGCAUGGUUGUGAUUACUAAACAACCAGCGUACAAAGAGACACAUGGAAACCGCAAGGACAUGUGCAAUGGCUUGACUAAAUGGCAAGUGUCUCCUAAAAUAAGCAACAAGGCCAGUAAACAAAAGAAAGGACAAUGAUGUUAUGGUGACCAAUGAAGAAACAUUUGAUAUUCCCGCAUAUAAAGCACUUUAUUACUAAUGUUACUUUAGAUGGGACUUAAAUGAUGUGAGAUGAUUAAUCUCAAAGACUUCUAAAGAACUAAAUAGACAUUUCAAAACUGUAUAUUGUACAAUUCUGUAUAUUUUUCGUGUAGUCAAUGUAUUAUUAUUGUAUUGAGUCUGUUAAAAGGCAUUAAACUUUCAUUUACACAUAUUUACUCCUG